GCCGCGGGGUGCGCACCGGGUGACACGUCCUUCCUGCGUCCUGCCGUCCGCCGCGGACGCUGUCCUUGAUGCGGGACUUCGCUGACAGCCGCCCCGCGCAGAGACAGUAGCCGAGCGGGGAAGACAUGGAGCGCAUCGCCAGGAGCCUGCUGCGAGUCUGCGUCGUCUGCUCGCUGCUGGCCGGCGCGAGGCCGGACAGCGGCAACUCCUCGGCCGGGCGGCGCGCGGGGCGUCCCUGCCCCUACAAGAGCUCCCUGGACGACUGCCUGGGCAAGCUGCCGCCCAUCCUGGAGAAGGCCGAGCUGACGGGGCUGCCGCGCUCCAAGGCGGAGGUCGACACCUCGUGCAGAGCCUUCAAGACCGGCAUGGGCUGCAUCGACGAGUACGCCGCGCGCUGCAUGUCCGAGAAGGACCGCCUGGUGCUGGAGGACCACGUGGCGGGGGCGCGCUACACCUUCACCUUCCUGUGCGACGACCCGGGCUUCCAGGCGGACUACCUCAAGUACACCACCUGCUACCGCGGCAUCUCGGCCGACUGGGACGGCUGCGCCAAGAGCUUCGUGCAGCUGGUGCGCGACGAGAUGAGCCGCCGCAACGUCAGCCAGGAGGACCGCCUGGUCGAGCUCUGCUGCGCGAAGCACGGCUUCCUGCGCUGCGUGUACACGGUGAGCCGGCUCAAGUGCCGGCAGGAGGAGGCGCUGUUCCUCAACAAGAUCGCCGACACGCUGUCCAACAUGCGCGUGUACACGCCGCUGUGCCGCAGCGUGGACGUGGCGCUGUGCGGCGCGCGGCGGCAGUUGGCGCCCUGGGCCGCGCCGCUCGCCUGCUGGGCGCUGCUGGCGGCGCUCGCCGACACCAGAACGUGAAGAACACAGGCGGCUACGGAAUCUGUGCUCAGUUAUUGCAGUGAGAAUAAAAUAACAAUCAGUGAUGAAAAUAGGGAACAAAACGUACUGUGAAACAGUUUUAUUUGUUGUGUGCCGUAAUGAGAAAAAGACUUGUAAAUAACAGAUGUGAUAUCGUACAACGUUUGUGACUGUGUAUUGUAUUUACAAAUCAGCCAGACGAUUAGGAAAUUCAAUAAUUCUAAACUAGUAAAUUGAAAGCGUAUUGA